GCUGCGUGAACAGUACUUCGAUCAGUCGGGGCUUGCCGUCGCCGUCGAUCAGAUCUGUUCUCGCCGAUGAAAUCUAUUUUUUUCUUCUCUCACGAAGUUUCAACACUGUUUCAGUCAAAUCCAAAGGGCAAUGAUGCUCAGUGUUUUGAGUUGCGAAAGCGAUUUCGUACUAUGGAUCAACAUAAUCGAUCUGUUGCUGUUUACUUUGCUGAUCUCAGUGGGGCCUGGCAAGAAUUUGAUUAUUAUCAGGGGUUUCAAGCAGUUUGUUCCGUUGAUACCAGUGCUUGGUUAAAAAGAAUAGAGAAAGAGCGUGUGUAUGACUUUCUUGCUGGUCUUGACGUGGAGUAUGAUCCAAUUAGAGUGCAGGUGUUGGGUCGUGUUCCGCUUCCAUCUUUGGGAGAGGCCUAUGCCAUUGUUCAAUAG